AUCAGCGGCGUUGUGCUCCUCUCAGGCUGUGCGUAAACCUUGGCUGUCGGUGCGCUACAGGCCGACAUGGCUGCAGCGUCCUGGUCUGAGCGGGUUCUCCAUCUGCUCAACCGAAUGAACAACUUUUACUCUACAGGCUCCUGCCGGGCCAGCUGCCUCAGGUUUGAGGUGGACGGCGCGCAGGUUGGCUGGAUUCGACCCCACGUCGCGUCGCUCCUGUCGCGGUACCCGCAGGUGUUUACCGCGCCGCGCGGGGGCGCUGUGUCCCUGUGCCAGAGUCUGGACUCGUAUGAGGGCAGGUCGGAGGCUGUGCACGAGGUCCUGCUGGCCCUCAGGCAGGAGGACUCUCUGACCUGCCUCAGAGGAUGGAGGGAUGAGAGGUACAGCGUGAUGCCCAGAUUCUCGGACCCCCCAGUGAUGUGGAUGGAACGAGCAGCUACCAGUCUUUUUGGGGUGAAACGAUAUGGGGUGCACUUGAACGCGUACACCGUCAGUGACGGCGGAGAAGUCAGCAUGUGGCUGGCACGGCGCUCCAGCACCAAGCAGACGUACCCUGGACUGCUGGACAACAUGGCGGCUGGUGGACUGGCUGCAGGUGUCGGCAUCAAACACACUCUGGUGAAAGAGUGCCAGGAGGAAGCGUGUGUCCCAGUAGACACUGCCAUGACCGCUCGACCUGCAGCAACUGUCAGCUACACAUACGAGGAUGAAGAGGGGGUGUUCCCCGAGAGCCAGUUUGUCUUUGACCUGGAAGUUCCGGCUGGGUUCAGACCCAGAGUUGGGGAUGGGGAAGUGCAAGAUUUCUAUCUGCUGCCAAUAGAAAAGGUGAAGGAGCUGCUGGCAACGGAUGACUUCAAACCCAACUCUGCCAUGGUGGUGUUAGACUUCCUCAUCCGACACUCGUUGGUGGAGCCGGAUACAGAGCCGCAUUAUCAGGAGUUUGUGGCAGGACUCCAUCAAACCCUGUAGAGCGAAGGACCGGACACUUCUGCGUCUGUUGACGUGCCGUCGAGCAGCAUGCAAGAAGUUGAACCAGAGAACCUAAUGAAAACAAUAUUUAUGCCACUAAAAUUAGAAAUAAAGUCAUGGGUUUGAAGUAAAAACUUCCUACACUCCAUAAAAAUGAUCAGUUUAGUAUAAAAGUUUAGAAUUAAAAAGUGCCACGUUUGUUUGAUAAAUCCUGUCAGGGUUUUCCGAAUCGCCUUCUUUGGUUCCAAAAUAAUUCUUUGCAUUUGUGGCCUUUGUUAAAAAUAUUGGGUUAUUUCACGCAACCAUUUUCAGAUAUGUUCUCUUUUAUCUCUUUCAUUUAAUCUCAAUUCUCAACUGAGCUCAGCUUUACGAAUAUUCUAUAAACCAGCCAAUCACAGACAAGCGGUUUCCUGCUGAUUGGUCUGGAUUCAUCCAAUCAAGUGUCCCUUCCUCGACUUGGAUUCAGUCUCUGGAUACAGAACGAUUCUGUUCAACCAGGACUCUGAGACCUUCAACCAUUCUGGCCUGUUUUUCUCUAACCAGAACCCGGCAGGAAGGAGCUGCUUUGGUAUGCAUGUCCCUGUUUGUAUGAUUUGAUUAAAUCAACUAUAGCUUUUAAAUAAAACCUCAAUAUAAACAAAUA